AUGGAGGAGGAGGAUGAGAGGAAGAUGCCACGGUCCCCCCAGGCAGGUGAGGAGGAAGAAGGCGGCCGGAGCUCUGAGCUGGUGGUCCCUGAGCAGCCUCCCAGCAGGGAGAAGCCCUUCAGGUGCUUGGAAUGUGGGAAGAGUUUCAGGAAGAGCUCCCACCUCCUCAGGCACCAGCACAUCCACACUGGGGAACAGCCCUACACAUGUGGGGAAUGUGGGAAGAGCUUCAGGCAGAGCUCCAGCCUGAUCCGACACCAGGUUAUCCACACUGGGGAACGGCCCUACAAGUGCUUGGAAUGUGGGAAGAGGUUUAGGGGCAGCUCCAAUCUCCUCCUGCAUGAACGGAUACACACAGAGGAGAGGCCCUUCCGCUGCACCAACUGUGGGAAGGGCUUCAACCAGAACAGCAACCUCAUCACCCACCGGCGCAUCCACACCGGGGAGAGGCCCUACAAGUGUGGGGAGUGUGGGAAGAGCUUCACCCAGAGCUCUACCUUGACCAAACACCAACGGACCCACAGUAAGGGAAGGCCCUACGAGUGCCCCGCCUGCAGGAAGAGCUUUGGCUGCUGCUCCCACCCCGAAUGACCCCCUGAUGGUGAGGCAACCCCUGGAGUCCAGGGACUGUCAGUCCAUCCCUUUCUACCAGAAAGGGCCAGUCCCCUUUCCCAGGGGCAGGUUGUGUCAACAGAACCCUUCUUGGAGGGUGUGUGGAGAUUCCUGCCUUGGCUGGGGAUCCCCCAAGGUCACUGCUGGAGGUUGAGAGCAGAGAUCUCCCCAUGAGCGUUGGUCUGGGGGAGUUCCAUCCAUCUCCAAUUCAUAAUUCUUGCUUUGGUGCCAGCUUGAGUAGAAUUGCUUCAACAAUUGCUUUAGUGUAGAGCGCUGUCCUAUCUUAUGCUGCCCUACUGGUAGUUUUGUGGUUUCUAUUGUACAGAAAAUAAUUCUGAUGAAGAUCUUUUGUCUGAUCAUUUGUAACCCUAAAUAAUUCAUUUCUGUCAAUAGAUAUGAUUUGCCACCCUUAAAACCUGGGGGACAAAAGUGGUUCAGUCCCACCUCUGUAAUUCCUCUGAACUGAAAGUGUUGGCAUAACCCAAGGCUGAGAUUGGAUCCAGCAGCCCCAGCACCCCACAGUCAGUUGGGAGCUCAGGGGGGCACCCCCCUUUUCCAACCUCCCUGUUCCCAAAGACCCCCAUGGGAUUAUUGGAUCCUCCAGACCACCCCGACUUUUCCAUCCUUCUUCCUGUUCCUCCCACUUUUCCAUGGUCCCCUAUUACAAUCUGCUUAAAUAUUGCAGAAAGAACUUCAGAUUUGAAUAUACCCUUGAGCAAAACUAAAACUCACACAAGUUAUCUGUUGAUACCAAAAACUGAUUUUUAUUAAUUGCUAAGAGAUACAAAGAGAAUAAGGAAAAAAUAAGAAAAGGUUGGAAACUGCUAAGAUUAUUUCUAGAAGUAGAGAAAAGAUACCACCGAAAACUUUCUUCUCCCACUGAGCUGGUCUGUGUGUGUGUGGAGAAGCAGUUUCUGCCUUUUUUUCUCUGUCCCUGCAGCUUUUGGAUGUUAUCUCUGUAGCUGCAGGGGGUCUGACAGCUUUAGUUCUCUGCAAUGCACCAUGUGUGGUUUCACCACUAACACUCCUGUCCCAGGCCGUGCAGGGUCUCAGCGCAGCCAAAGCUUUGGGCCCUCAGAAAUAUGGUCAGGGUAGAAGGAUAAGGUAGAACUCCCACAUGUGGCACGGUGGUCUCAGCUCUCUCCAGGCCGGCACAGUUCCAGUCUCCGGUGGCAGGCAGGCAGCACGCGGUGGUGGAGAAAAGGUGAGGGGAGGUGGGCAGAGAUUCUCGGCUACAGUCACCAGUUCUUCUGCCUUUCUUCUCCCUGAUUUUCCAAAAUUUGUCCUCAACUUUUAUAGUGUUCAAAAGAGGUUGUACAUGGUUUCUUGGCACGUAACCAGUUCAGAUGUUGGAGGAGAUAUGGUAACCAUAAACAAUGGCAGGAUCUUUUGGCAGGAAAGGUGGCAUGGGAAGUCCUGGUGAGAACUUCCUUCAGAGAGCUGACAGAGAAUGUUUGAUAGGAAGUUUUUGACAGGCAGAAACAAUUUUUGGCAUUUUUAUAUUAUCUGUGUGUUACGGAUGGUUGCCAUGGUAAGCGACGUAACAGGAAAUGCAUAAUGGUUGCCUUAUUAACCGACCCUAGCAAUGCAAACGCACAAUCUUUGCCAUGGUAACCGAGUUAACAAUGAGAAUGCACAAUGGUUGCCAUGGUAACCAGCAAAACAGUGAGACUGCAUGAUGGUUGCCAUGGUAACCGAGGUAAUAAUGAGAAUUCACAAUGGUUGCCAUGGAAACUGUUGUAAUAAUGGGAAUUCACAAUGGUUACCACAGUAAGUGAUGUCAGAAUGAGAAUGCACAAUUUUUACCAUGGUAAGCAUCACAACGACAAUGCACAAUGGUUUGCAUGGUAAGCAACAUCACAAUGGCAAUGCACAAUGGUUGCCAUGGUAACCAACUUAAAAAUGAGAAUGCACAAUGGUUGCCAUGGUAACCGAGGUGACAAUGAGAAUGCACAAUGGUUGCCAUGGUAACCGAGGUCACAAUGAGAAUUCACAAUGUUUGGCAUGGUAACUGAGGUCACAAUGAGAAUGCACAAUGGUUGUCAUGGCAACCGGGGUUACAGUGGGAAUGCACAGUGGUUGCCAUGCUAUGCACAGUCACAAUGAGAAUGCACAAUGUUUGUCAUGGUAACAAAGUUCACAAUGAAAAUGCACAAUGAUUGCCAUGGUAACUGAGUUCACAAUGGUUGCGAGGGCAACUGACAACACAAUGAGGAUGCAUAAUGGUUGCCAUGGUAAGUGAAACCACAAUGAGGAUGCACAAUGGUUGCCAUGGUAACCUAGGUCAAAGUGGGAAUACAUAAUGGUUUCCAUGGCAACCGAGGUCACAAUGGGAAUACACAAGGGUUACCAUGCAACUGAGGUCAAAAUGAGAAAGCAUAAUGGUUCCCAUGGUAACCAAAAGUCACAAUGAGAAUGUACAAUGGUAGCCAUGAUAACCAAGGUCACAAUGAGAAUGCACAAUGGCUGCUGUGGUAAGCUAGGUGAUGAUAGAAAUGCACAAUGGUUACCAUGGUAAUCAUUUAAUAAUGGGAAUGCACAAUGGUUGCCAUGGUAACUGAUGUUAAGAAAAAAAAACCACAUAAUGGUGGCCAAGGUAACCAAGGUCUCAAUGAGAAUGCAGAAUGGUUGCCACGGCAACCAAAUCACAAUGACAAUGCACAAUGGUUGCCAUGGCAUCUGAUGUCACAAUGAGAAUGCACAAUGGUUCCAUGGCAUCUGUGGUCAUAAUGGGAAUGCACAAUGGUUUCCAUGGUAACGGAGGUCACAAUGAGAUUGCACAGUUGUUUCCAUUGGAAGUGACAUCACAAUGAGAAUGGACAAUGGUUGCCAUUGUAACCAACAUCACAAUGAGAAUGCUUAAUUGUUGCCAUGGUAACCACUGUAACAGUGAGACUGCAUAAUGGUUGCCAUGGUAACUGAGAUCACAAUGGGAAUGCACAAUGAUUGCCAUGGUAAGUGACAUCAUUAUGAGAAUGCACAAUGGUUGCCAUGGUAACCGAGGUCACAAUGAGAAUGCACAAUGGUUGCCAUGGUAAAUGACGUCACAAUGAGAAUACACAAUGAUGUUCAUGGCAAGCGACGUCACAAUGAGACUAUACAAUGGUUGCCAUGGUAACCAAGUUAACAAUGUGAAUGCUCAGUGGUUGCCAUGGUGUAAGGGGGUGCUUUUGAUUUAGAUGAUCCAUGGAGCAAAAAGGGGUGAAAAAGUGAUUAUAUUCGUAUGUGAACACAGCCAGAGUAUUGUACAAUGUGACUUCAUUGCACAAGUUGACUGUAAGGCCCAUUGUGCCUUUAGCAAAGUUAACUGGAUGUCCCCCAUUAUCAGAGCUGAGCUCCUCCUUGGCUUGGCUCCACUCUGCAAGAGAGAUACAAAUCCCCUUGAAACACAAUGGUACAGGUCGUCCAUAGGGCUGAGGAAGGGGAUGGAGAGGAAGAUGAUGUGGGCAGGGGUCGUUGGCCCCUUGCCCUACAGUGGGGCACGCCCAGACUGUUGCCAUGAGGUGAUGAACGGGCGCUGUUUGGCUGUCACUCAAGCACCACCUUCUGCUGCGUCCUGGCCCUACGCAGUGUAAUGUAGAGCUGAUGGAAUGGGGUGUCAGCACUGCUGGGUGGAGCGAUGCUCAUCCUUCCAUCCACACUGUGCUGCUCCGCGGGGACACCCGCCAAGCACGGGCACCGACCAGCCCUGCAGAGCCUGGUAGGCCUGGCCUGUCUGUGCAGGUGAGCACAGUUUAUUGAUAGGAAGCAACCAGGAAAGCAAACAUUUUAUAUCCUUUUUCUUGUAUUCCUUUAAUUCCCUUUUUACUAGCUAAUGCUGUAACAGAGGCUGCUCGUAGUAUUGUAUGCAUGCCAACUGAUAAAGUAGUGUUUUUGUAUUCUUUUUAAGCUUUUGAUUCUCUUUGCUAAUAGUUUUUUUUUACUCUCAAUGCAAUAAAAGACUUUUUGUAGUGUUUGAAUGACUGUUGUACUUGUCUUUUUUCCGGACAUGUGUCCUAGCAAACCUGGUACAUGGGGUCAUACUGGGAGUGACUGGAAGCAUUCUGUUGGCACAACUUGGAUAUACUGGAGGUGACUGAGAUCAUACUGGGAGUGACUAGGACCACACUGGGGGUGACUGGGAGUGGCUGUGAGCAACUGGAAUCAUGCUGGAAGGUACUGGGAGCAACUGGGAGUGAGUGGGACCACACUGGGGCCAACUGGGAUAUACUGAGAGAGACCAGGAGUAACGGGGACUAACUGGGAGCAGGCUGAGGUCAACUGGGAGAGACUGGGACUAUAGUGGGGUGAGUGGGAGCAAGUGGGACCCUGCUGGGGACAAAUGGCUUUAUAUUGGGAGUGACAGGGAAUGUCUGGGUUCAUCCUGGCUGUGACUGUCACCAUAGAGGGUGUCACUGGGAUCAUACUGGAGUCAUACUGGGAGGGACUGGAACUACAGUGGGGUGACUGGGAGCAACUGGGACUGUGCAGGGAGUGACUUGGAUUCUACUAAGAGAGACUGGGAUCAAACUGGGACUGACUGGGAGAAUGCUGGAGGCAAUUGGGCUAUACUGGGAGUGGCUGGGGGUGACUGGGAUCGUUCUGGGAGUGACUGGAACCAUAGUAGAGGUGAAGGGGAGCAACUGGAAGCCUGCUGGAGGCAACUGGGAUCAUAGUGGGAGCAGCUGGGCCCCUAUUGCUGUCCUGCUGGGGUCUUACUGGGAGUGACUGCAAUAAUACUGGGAGUGUGUGAGAGGGACUGCAGCCAUACUGGGGAUGAGUGGGAUAAAAGUGAAUUUGUACUGGAAGUAUCUGGAAGUUCCUGGGAUCAUACUGGGGGUGACGA